GAUGAAAAGAAACGAGAUCUGCUUGACGAAAGAGCAAUAUUUAUCCGUGAUAUUCCGCCUAAAACUCCCAAUAUAAAAGAAAAAAUACGAGAGUACUUUUCUUCGUUUGGAGAAGUUGAAAAUGUACGACGUAAAGGGGCGGAUAUGAUGUUUGUCUCUUUCAGAAGUGUUGAAAGCGCAAAGAAAGCUUUGAAACAAAAACAUUUCUUCGAAGGACGAUGGAUGACAACUCUCCCUAACGUUAAAAAAGGAAUGUGGAGGGGACAUUCCUGCAAGAUUAAAGUAGAAGACGUUCCACAAAGUAUGUCAGAAGAGGAGAUAACAAGCUACUUUUCUAAGUUUGGGACUGUUACAAGUGUUGACUUUAUCAUCUUGGACCCGGAAACUUUGAAAAGAAAAGACUUCUGUUUUGUGGGAUUCUCAAAGAUGAGUGAAGCAAAAAAGGCAGCCCUGGUUCAGAUCCACAAGAUUGGCGAAAACUCCUGUAAAGUUUAUUUAUCAACUUCUAAGUUCAGUGCUGUUGAAAAUACCAAGGAAAUCAUUGUCCGUUCCCUGCCACAAGAUAUAACUGUUGAUGAACUGAAAGAGUAUUUUGAGCAGUUUGGUGCUAUAGAGAAGAUUGAUCUCAUUUGUCAGACACUUGCCCGUCCUCAUACAACAUAUGCAUUUGUAGCAUUUCAAUCCCCUUGUAGUGUAGAGCAAGCAUCAGGUAAUUUGAUCCACACCGUAUGUGGAAAGAAGGCAAUUGUCCAAAAAUCUGCAUUGUCUUACCCAAUCAAAAAUGGACAUAGGAAGCUUUUUGUUGAGGGCUUUCAGCCAAACACUGAUCCUGAACAUGUAAGAGAGUAUUUUGAAGAGUUCGGAAAAGUGGAGUAUAUUAACAAAACAGCCAUUCGGCCCACUGGGAAAACUUACGUUGUCUUCAAAUCAAGUGCAAGUUUA